AGAAAAGUUGAAAACAGUGAGAAAUCACUUCAGUGUGACGCAAAAACAUUUGAUUACAGUACGUGAUUGGAAAUAUUUACUCUAACAUGGAUCAUGACCGGGACACAAAAAAAGCCUUUCUCUCCCUCCCUCUUUUUCUUUCCCAGGCGAGUGAUGCAUGCUGCAAACGGUGUGUGCGUGUAGUGUGAACAAGACCCACUGGUGUAUGCGUGUGUGCCCCGUGUGAGUAAAUGUGCGUGCAUGCGUGUGUGUGCGGAGAGAGAGAGAGAGACAUAGACUGAGCCCCCAACACGGAGCAUGCCUCUGCGUCCGGCAGCCGGCAAACAUGAGCCACCCAGCUCUCCACGGCAGGACCAGCAGCAGCAGCACACACACACACACACACGCACGCACACGCACCCUUACACACACGCACCGAACGGCAGCCAGGGGGCCAGCACUGACAGCAGCAGCUCCCGGGAAGAGGAGAGUUGCGUUCCCAUUCCUCACGCUGUUCCGGCUUUCGGUCCCGGUGGAGAGCACAGCAACAGUGCAGGAGCACCCAUGGAGGAGCCAACAGGCAACACUGUGGUCAUCCGCAUUGGAAUCCCAGACCUACAACAGACGAAAUGUUUGAAAUUCAACGUGGAUGCACCGAUAUGGUUGUCCAAGCAACGUAUCCUGUGUACCCUCAACCAGAGCCUGAAGGAUGUGCUCAACUAUGGCCUAUUCCAGCCGGCUUACAAUGGCAAGGCUGGCAAGUUUCUGGAUGAGGAGAGACAGCUUAGGGAAUACCCUUUCCCAUCCAUUGCUCCUGUACCGUACCUAGAGUUCCGCUAUAAAAGGCGUGUCUACACACAGACCUACAUAGAUGAAAAGCAGUUGUCUAAGCUUCACACUAAGGCAAACUUGAAGAAGUUUAUGGAGUAUGUGCAGCAGAGAAACAAUGAAAAGGUCUCACGGUUUUUGGAAAAAGGCCUGGAUCCUAACUUCCAUGAUCCAGACACAGGAGAAUGCCCACUAACGCUGGCAGCACAGUUGGAGGGAUGUGCCGAGCUCAUCAAAGUGCUUAAAAAUGGAGGGGCACAUCUGGACUUCCGAACAAAGGAUGGCAUUACUGCCCUGCACAAGGCUGUGCGCAGCAAGAACCACACAGCACUUAUAACACUGUUGGACUUGGGUGCUUCUCCUGACUAUAAAGACAGCAGGGGUCUUACUCCUCUCUACCACAGUGCAAUGGUCGGAGGAGACCCAUACUGCUGUGAACUGCUGCUGCAUGACCACGCACAAGUCGGCUGUGAGGAUGAGAAUGGCUGGCAGGAAAUACACCAGGCGUGCCGCUAUGGCCACGUGCAGCACUUGGAACAUCUGCUGUUCUACGGAGCCGACAUGAGUGCCCAGAACGCAUCUGGAAACACUGCCCUGCAUGUGUGUGCUCUCUACAAUCAGGAUAGCUGUGCACGUGUCUUGCUUUUCCGAGGAGCCAAUAAAGAGAUAAAGAACUACAAUAGCCAGACUGCUUUUCAGGUGGCUAUUAUAGCUGGAAACUUUGAUCUCGCAGAAAUCAUUAAGGUUCACAAAGCAUCAGAUGUUGUGCCUUUCAGGGAGACUCCCUCCUACACCAACCGUCGACGUGUUGUGGCUGGCACCCUCCCCUCACCACGUUCCUUGCUGCGCUCUGCAAGUGACAACAACCUUAAUGGUGACCAUGAUCACAUCCACCCUCCGCGCCCUCGAGAAUCCCGCGGCCGUCCGGGUCACUCCCCUGUUCCCUCACUGCGCAGUCUCCCAGCUUUUGGGCAAAUGCACAGCAGCCUUGGAGAAGGUCGUCAUGGAGAGAUCCCUGACAGCAGUCUCCAGAGUACCGGCAGCUCCAGAUCCUCCCAUUCCCGCUCACCAUCAUUACAUCACAUGCAUGAAGAGGACAGGCCAGUCCCCAGACGUUCCCACAGCCAUGGCUACCCUCAUGGACAUGGUCCUCGUGGGAGACUCAGCCCUGGCUCAGUGCAGCGAGACCCAAGCCCACCUCAUCACACACCUCCUGCACUGACAGGCCCUCGUGGGCCCAAACGGAAACUCUACAGUGCUGUCCCAGGACGUACCUUCAUUGUGGUCAAGCCCUACACCCCACAAGGGGAAGGAGAGAUCCAACUCAACCGUGGAGAGCGGGUCAAAGACUUUGACUGUAAUGACGUAGAAGUUUUACUAGAGGACCAUGUCUACGAUGAGAUCAGACUGGGCUGCCUGGACUUUGAUGCUGACGCCUCAUGCAUUGAAGACGUUGAUGAUUACACUGACUUUACUGAUAAUCAUGAAGUACUAAGUAUAGGUGAAGGAGGGUUCUGGGAAGGCACUGUCAAAGGAAGAACAGGCUGGUUCCCGGCAGACUGUGUGGAAGAAGUUCAAAUGAGACAGUAUGACCCAAGACUUGAGACCCGGGAGGACCGCAAUAAGAGACUGUUCAGACACUACACUGUGGGGUCUUAUGACAACUUCACCUCAUACAGUGACUACAUCGUGGAAGAGAAGAAUGCUGUUUUACAGAAGAAAGAAAAUGAGGGGUUUGGUUUUGUCCUGCGUGGAGCCAAAGCUGAGACUCCCAUUGAAGAGUUCACUCCCACCCCAGCAUUCCCUGCCUUGCAGUACCUGGAGUCAGUGGAUGUGGAGGGGGUGGCCUGGAGGGCUGGGCUCAGGACGGGGGACUUUCUCAUUGAGGUGAACGGGGUGAAUGUAGUGAAGGUGGGCCACAAGCAGGUGGUGUCUUUAAUCCGGCAAGGAGGGAGCAGACUCCUAAUGAAAGUCGUUUCUGUCACUCGCAAGCCAGAAUCGGAAGAAAUUGUUCGAAAGAAAGCUCCCCCUCCACCCAAGAGAGCUCCCAGCACCACCCUGACGCUGCGCUCCAAGUCCAUGACGGCUGAGCUGGAGGAACUGGCUUCUGCUCGGAGAAGACGAGGAGAAAGACUAGAUGAGAUGUUGGCAUCGCAGGAAUCUAUGUUGCAUUCUCAGCCCCCGGAGGCAGAUUACAGAGCAGCCACUGUCAAACAACGGCCUACCAGCAGGAGAAUAACACCAGCAGAGAUCAGUUCACUGUUUGAGAGACAAGGGAUGACGCUACAUGGAGGUCUGCACCCGGGUAUCGAGAGGGGUGACAUACCAGUCCCUAAAGGCAUGUCCAGGACCAAGUCUUUUGGUGCCACAGAAGAGGAUAGACUGUCUGCACUUGCAGGCGAGCACAGAUUUCCACGUAGUUCCUCUAUGACAGACAGCCUCCGAGACCACUCACAACCCCAUCCUAUCCCUCCACCUCCUCAGAUGGCACCUCCUCCUCCUCCUUACUACUUUGACACGGGUCCCCCUCCAGCUUUUUGCCCUCCUCCUCCCCCAUCUCGGACCCAAAGUCAAGGCCAUGAGCCUGGAAGCCGUUCCAGCUUCAAGCCAUCCUCUUUGGACCUGCCUUACGAAGGCGCUCAGCGGCAAGCUACACACAUCGAGAGACAGAAGAAAGCUCGCUCAAUGAUCAUCCUACAGGACUCCUCCCAUCUACCUGUAGAACCUACAGAAAUUCCCCGUCCUGCUGCUACUCCACCAGAGCGAAUCAAAAGAAAGGGAAGGGUAAUUGACAACCCUUACGCAAAUGUGGGUCAGUUCAGCAUUGGACUAUUCACACCCACAAAGCCCCAAAGAAAGAAAAGUCCUUUGGUGAAACAGCUACAGGUAGAAGAUGCACAAGAAAAGGCUAGCCUAGCCUUAGCUGCUGCCCACUCGCGAGAGAGCUCACCCUCAGGACGACACCCACAUGGGCACACGCACACCAGCCGUGUCGACUACUACCAGCAGCAGCUCAUGGCUGAACGAGAGCGAUUGCGAGCCCAAGGAGAGAUGAUGUUUCAGGGUAAAGGCCCAUUUGCUGCUGCUAUUGCUGGAGCAGUAAAAGAUCGUGAACGUCGCCUUGAAGAGCGGAGAAAAUCCACUGUCUUCCUUUCUGUUGGGACCAUGGAAGGGUCACCUACAACAAGCCCUGACUCCCCCUCUUUGACUCAGUCUCAUUCCAUCGAUGAACGGCUGUUAACUCGAGAGCUUGGACAGCUUCCCCCCCCUGCCUUGGCUCUGAGCCCCUUAGCUAGCGGGACCACCUUUAUCCAUCCACUCACAGGAAAGCCUCUGGACCCAAAUUCACCACUAGCUCUUGCGCUGGCCGCAAGGGAGAGAGCACUGACCUCUCAGAGUCAGUCCCCAACUGGCAGCCCAGAGCCUCGGACUAAACAAGAGCGAGUAGGCCAGGUUGUAAUGUUCUCUGACACUCAGACCAAAGAGUCUCCACAUGGGGAUGGAGUAACUGCAUCUCCCCCUUUUUCACCUAAAAGCGCCAAGGCAGCGGGGUAUGGCACAUCAUCCUCCCCAGCUAAUAUUUUGGCUCCUCAAGCCAUCAAACCACAGUGGACGACAUCAUCAUCAUCUAUAUCAUUCCGUCAAGAGAUGGAAGCUAGAAUUGAGGAGAGAAAGGAGGAAAAGAGACUAGAGGAUAAAAAAAGCAUGUUGAUCAGCAUUAUGGAUACAUCACAGCAGAAGACAGCUGGGCUGAUCAUGGUUCAUGCAACCAGCAAUGGUCAGGCUGUUGGGAUGGGGUCAGGGAUUGAACAGAAACCUGUGCCUACAACCAUAGAGCCCAGUAAAUCACAGAGUCCACGGGCUAAAUCCCCCAUUCCCACAGCUCCCCAGCCCCAAACUCAACUCCAGGUUCAGCCUCAAACUCAGCGUCCUGCCAGUCCUGCCCAAGAGAAGACCCUGGCUCAGGGAAGCUCAGAAGAGGAUGUGGAUGCCUACACAGUCACUUUACCACCGGCUAUGUUAUCUUCCAGCGAUGAGGAAACAAGAGAGGAGCUACGUAAGAUUGGGGUGGUUCCUCCACCAGAUGAGUUUGCAAAUGGGUUGCUGGCCCAGGCACAGGGGAUACCAGUAUCAUCUGCUAAAGCUGCUCUGUCUCCUGCUACACCAGCCACACCGACACCCCAAACUCCCUUAACCCCAACAACCCCAACUGUGACAACCACCCAGCCUCAGCCAGCACCUCCACCCAGUGCAGCAGCUGUCUCAGGGAAAACUUCUGACCCUCUGGAGCCCCCACCAGUGGGCGAGGCUGGUUCUGCAGCUGACUCAGGUGUGGAGGAGGCUGACACGCGCAGCUCCAGUGACAGAGAGAGAGACCACCAUCUUGAGACCACCAGCACCGUCUCUACAGUUUCCAGCAUGUCUACAUUGUCCUCAGAAAGUGGCGAGCCUGCUGACACGCACACCACGCACACCUCCUAUGCUGACGGGCAGACUUUUGUUCUUGACAAGCCGCCAGUGCCUCCGAAGCCUCGACUCAAAUCCCAGAUAGGAGGCAGUAAAGGCCCCGUCACCUUCAGGGACCCUUUGCUGAAGCAGAGCUCUGAUAGUGAGCUGCUGUCCCAGCAACAGGCUGCUGCACUGGCUGCUGCAGCAGCUGGUGGAGCUGGGCUUCCUGCAGGUGGUUCCGCCUCAGUUACUGGUCUAGCUCCAACUAAGCCACGCUAUCUCUUCCAACGGAGGUCCAAGUUGUGGGGGGAUCUGGUAGAACCUCGAGGAACAGGGGUAGGGCUAGGGAUUGGGAGUUUGGGCAAUCUUGGUGGGCUAGGACUUGGGCUAGGUGCAGAUGAGAGCGCAAAACCAUCAGUUAUGGGAGAGCUUAGUUCACGUCUACAGCAGUUAAGUAAAGACACUAGGUCACUGGGUGAGGAGCCACUGGGAGCCUCUCUUGACCCUGGGAGAAAGUCACCUGUGGCAGGUGCAAGACUUUUUAGCAGCCUAGGCGAGCUCCACACCCUUUCCCAGAGAAGCUAUGGAACCACAUACACCAUCCGCCCCGGCAGCCGUUACCCCGUCACCAGACGGGCACCCAGCCCAGGCUCAGGCUCACCUGAUCGGGGCGACCUCUUUGGACGAUUCUCAGGCUUCGGCCUGCCAACCUCACCAACUACACCGCCACAAACCAUUCUCAAGUCCUCUAGUCUCAGCUUACCCCAGGAGCCUAAAGAGGUGCGCUUUGUGAUGAGGAGCUCCAGCGCACAUUCUCGCUCUCGCUCUCCAUCACCUUCCCAUUCCCCUGGAUUAGGUUCCCCACUUUUAGCCCUCCGACCCUUUCACCAAAAACCCCUCCACCUGUGGAACAAGUACGAUGUUGGAGACUGGCUUGAGAGCAUCAACUUGGGAGAGCACAGAGCGGGGUUUCAGGAACAUGAGAUCGAAGGCUCUCACCUCCCGGCUCUAACCAAGGAUGACUUUGCAGAGCUGGGAGUGACACGGGUCGGACACCGUAUGAACAUUGAGCGAGCGCUGAAACUGCUGCUGGAGAGCUGACCCUUACCCUGAAAAAGAGCAAGAGGAAAGAAAGACACAAGUCUGAAUUAGAUGAAAAUAAGGGAUCCACUGAACACACUCCUCUGUUACUCCAGCUGCUUUUAUAUUCAGUAUUAAAAUGUUCAUCUGUGGUUCCUAGUGACACUUUCUGUUCUGCAUUAAUACCCCGCACCUGGCAAUGCACUAAAGAGGCAGAGGCAAUACCCAUACAAUGUACAUUCAUCCCUUUUUUUUCUUACCCCCUACUCACUUUAUGGCUCCAGCUUCUUGCCUGGAGCAAAUCAGACUCGACAUCCCAAAAGAGAUAGCUGAGAGCUCCAAUUAGAUCAUUUGGUUUCUGAAAAGUUACGUUCUUUCCUUAAUGACACCCACACUUUCUCACUGCACCCUCUCUACCUCUCUCCCCUCUCGUAUUAGGCCUCUGAAAGCCUUCGGCAGUUUGAGUAAGAGAGGAGGAGGAAGGAUUCUCGUUCCAAACAGAAAACUCAGUUGCCUUUCAAAAAUAUUUCUACUGAAAUCAACUCUGAUGAACACAGUGCUAUGGAAAUAGCAGCUCUGAAAAGGUGUGUCUUCUGAAUACCUGCUAUCGUUUUUAAACUGAAGACUUUUAAGCCCAGAGGUGGAGCUCCGCAGGAGGAAAAACCCCCUCUGCCUUGGUACCAAGACUGUGCAAUCUAUAAUAUUUGGAGAAUGUUUAACCAACACUCGUGGCUUUUUUCAUAAUUAAUUUUUUGAUUUUCCAAAGGGAAUAUUAUAUAUAUUACUAUUAUAUGGCAUAAUAUAAUAUAUAUGUAUCUACGUAUAGCUUUCAGAUGAAAAGACAUUAUUGCAAAGAAAAGAUGUAUCAAAUGAAUUUGCAGCUGUUUUUGGUUUUAGUAUAGAAAACAGAAAGAGGUCUUUAAAUCUAAUCCACCAAUAGUUUACUCAUUUCUACCAUACAUAUAUAUACAUAUAAAUAUAUAUAUAUAUUUGAAAGAAAACAAGAUAUAAAUACAGAAAAAUUAAUUUUUUUAUCAUACCUACAGAAAUUUCCGUGUGAUCACCUUUCUUGAGGCAUAGCAUAACGAGUUGCUUUAUGUUGUCGUACGUUUUUAUUUUGUUUAUGGUCUUCCGUCACUCUAAAGGGCAUCCCGUAAUGUGAGGCUAAGACCCCAGCUGAAACCCAUCCCUACUGCUUCAGUCUCAAAUUUUCGUCAGAGGGGACUAAAGAGCCAAAUAAUUAAUUAAAAUUAGUUUUAAGUUGUUGUUUUUUUUUUUUUUGUUUUUUUUUUCCUUUUAAGGUUUGACAUAAUUGAUUUACAAAGCAAAACACACAAUAUUCAACAAAGGCAUGGGCCAGAAUGAAAUUCUGUUGGUGAGAUAACCAUACAAAAAAUGAUUCAGUUUGACUCUCAGAAGUUGAAAUCUCCAAGUUUUGACUUUGAAAAGUUAACGGAAAAGUCAGUUUUUUCAAUCCUCAGAAGCCAACACAGAUGCCACAGUUCUUUUAAAAUUAUGAAGGUUUAUAUCCAAUGAAAUAUUUUCACACACACACAACCUCCUGACAACAUAAAUCUUUAUCAAGCAGGUGUAUAGUUUCUUCAGCAGUGGGGUUGGGAAAGACAGUAAAAGGUCUUAAAGAAAAUUCAGCAUUUUACAACCUGAAUGUGCAGCUGCUUUCUUUUUAGUGAGUGAAAUAUUACCAUCCAGAACUAUUAAAAAUAAACCAGGUUGUAAAACAGAGGGGGAAAAAAAGCUGAAUUUUCUUUUAACAAUACAAAAUCUGCAAUUGUACUCAUGAGCAGCUUCAGCUGGCAGUGAGAACCAGUGAGUUUUAUUCAUGCUACAAAGGGAAAAUGAAAAUAAAGCAUUUUGGCAUUCUAGCUGUCUUCUUUUCUGACAGAAUGCCAGGAAAUGUCUGAUACCACUAAAAACCUCUGCUCAUCAGAAGCAUUCAGCCAAGGCACUUUCACUUGGCAAAAACUUGUGUGCAUCUUUCUUCCCUUGUCCUUUCUGAAAAGCAGGCAGUGAACAAAAUCAUUAUAUAGGAGCUGUAGGAAUAGCACUCACUGCCUCACUGUGACCUCACUUUCCUUUUACCUGCAGUGUUAAGUUCUCCUUUCUUUCUUUUAUCCUUUCUUUCUUCUGUUGCUGAUUUGUUACCUUCGGCCACUGUGGGUAGAUUUUGUAGCGUGUGGAACAUCAUAAUUUACUCAUUUGAAUUUUAGAGUGGUGGGGAAGAAAAAAUACAUCUCCUGCCCGUUCUGAACAUACUUACACUUGUAAAAAAAAAAAAAAAAGAACAAACUACAAAUAUUUGCUUUUUUAAAUCACAAGCAAUGUAUAUAUAAUAGAUUUCCUAUAAAUUUUUGAAAAGUAUAUAGAUCUAUAUAUGAAUGUUUGGCAUAUAUGCAUAGUUAACCACCUGUGGAAAAGGUGAGCAGAUUUUAUUCUUUCUAUGAACUCUUGAACUUUUGAACUCUGAACUAUGAACUAGGGGAUGAUUUGCACAAAACAAGGUGACAAGGUGCUAACAUAAAAGCCACCCAUCGUCCAAGCGCAUGAGUGCAUCUGGAUUCCCUGAAUCUCUCUGUGUGCUUGUUCCUCUUCACCGUGCGCGUGUGAAUGAGUGCGCAUGUGUGCAAAUGCUUGUUUUUGUUUUGUUGUUUUUUUUUUCACGUCUGUGUAAUUUGUUUGGGAGUGAGAUGCAGAGAAUGCAUGCGACCGUGAGAGUGCGGUUAAUUGUUGGGGUUUACAUCUUUGGCGUUAGUCCACUAUAGCCUUACUGUACCAUCAGAGAUUGCCGGCUGUGGCUGUGUCACAUAACAACACAGACACAAACACGCAUACACACACACACACACACACACACAGAAAAAUGCACACGCAUUCACACUGAAGCUCAUCGUUGUGUAUUGUGUUUUUGUCCAGAGUUAUAUCUUCAAAAAGUGGACUGUUCUGCCCAAGAGGGAGAGACAGACAGACAGAGAGAGAUAAGCAAAACACUGUCAAAUUUUCUACUCCUGAGUCAAGACUAGAAGAUCUCACCUUGGAACUGCAUAGGUGCUUCUUAUGCAGUGUCACUAAUUCUGUACAGACUUUCCAAAAUGGCAUUUCCACUCCGCUGCACUCUGUCUGGCAGCUCUCCUUUUUCCUUUUUCAGACUUUCAGAUUCUGAGUUUUGAAUAUGUUAUAUGCGAUGAUCCAGUAAGGAACAAACAACACAAAAAAAUUGUGCCAAAAAGUAACUUAACUGUGUAUUUGUCUUUUGCUUUAGGACUAUCUUAGUUGCAGCACUCUUAAGCUGUUAUGUAUUACGACAAUAUGGUGCCAUCUCCUGGUAAUCUUGAGAACUGAUAUUUUUUGGAUCCUUUGGUAUUUUUCUGCAGGUGGAAGUACAUGUGCAUCUCAAAUAAGAUCAUUGAAAGGUUUAGUCAUUUCUGUUAUUCCUUUGAAAAAGUGAAACUCAUGUUCUAUCUAGCCUUAUUACACACAGGUUGACAUAGUUCAAAUGUUUAGUUCGGUUACAUUUUAUGAUUGUGGCUCAUAGAUUAAAGAAAAUUCCCAAUUUUUUUUUUCUUUUUUUAAAGUGAAAAAGUUAUAUAAAAUCAAAACAAUGAAAGUAAUUUUAGGCAGAAAUGUCAGGUUGGUGUACAACAUAUGCAUUCAAUAUCUGGUUGGGGCUUACUUUGGAUUUCUUAUGAGCCACUGCAUCAGUGCUGUGUGACUUGGAGGUGAUCUGCCUGUAUGUGUUAAUAGAGGGUUUCAGUCUGUUGUUGGGUCUGAUCUUCCUCAUGAUGAAACCUCAUAGAUAAUGUUACUUAGGUCCAGUACAGUGAUAUCAUGCUCAUUAAACCAAGUGCUGGUACUUUUAUGGUUUAGGAUUUGGAUAGAAGCCAUGUUCUGUUGGAGAAUGAAAUCAACAGAGAGAAGCAUGUAAUGUAACAAAUAUCAUGGUAGAAGGAUGCUCUCGCGUUGGACUUGAUAAAACCUUAACAAUCAGCAUCUAUAGACGACAUGUGUCUCUAAGUCAGCUUCACCUCAAGCUGUUGAAUCUAGUUUAAUAGCUCUCAAGCGACAUUUUGUUCAUUAGGUGCAAGGUAUAAUCAACAAAAUUGCAAGAGGCAAACUUGAAUUAUGUCCCGCUGUGUGUAAUGAAUCAACAUAAUAAAUGGGUUUUAGUUCUUCAUCUAACUUUUUAAAACAAACUUUUCAAUAAAAUAAUUUACUGAGAUGCACUUUUAUUUCAUACUUCAUAGUCACAGGCUAUAUAGAUGUCUCCAUAUAGAUUUACAUAUAUACAGCCUGUGUAUUUCUACUUGCUUAGACAUCUGUCCUUAAAUUAUGUGACGUAGCAACACAGUUACAUAAUUUGAAUGAUAACAGUUAUUGUUCCCAGAAAAUAGUCUGAUCUCAGACACAGGCUGGCCUGAUUAGAGCAUCGGUUGAGUUGGGUUGUAGUGGAAGUUGUAGUGGAAGUUUUGUAGUGGAAGUUUACUUUGCUGCUCAUCUAAAGACAUUUAGAUGAGCAGCAAAACAGACUGACACAUCAAUAGGUCAAAUAAGAGGUAGGCUCUAUUCUAUAUUUCUUAACAAAGCACAAUCUACACAGUUGAAGAGAAGCAUUGUGACUUUUCUUUAAAAAAUUAAAAAAAAAUCUCCCUGGUACCUGUCGACACACUGGAACCAGUGAUCUUAUCAUCAGAGGGUUUGUUUCUUUCAUUGUUGGUUUUCUCCUUGUUUGCACUGUGAAGUUUAGAACGGUGGAUAUGUCACUGCAACGCCUCAGCCUUGACUCACUUGGGAACAUCCCCUUCUCGGCUUCUAAUCACCAGGCAAGUCAUCUCCAACUUCUCUUCCUCUGGACGUGAAUAUCUGAUACAUAAGAGCCUAUGCUAACAGCCCAAGCUAACCAGAGGCUACUAAGUCUUCUCCAUGUAAAAAAAAAAAAAUCAAGGGCGAUGGUAAAGACUGAGGCAAGAUGUGAGACGUUGCCCUGGAUAUCUCCACCACAGAGAUAUAUGUUUGUUAUAUUAUGUAAUAAAUUUAUAAUUAAAACAUGAGGUGGCAUAUUUUUGUUCCUGCUUUAGUGUCUCAUUAGUGGAAAUGAAUCAGUGAUGUCUUUGGCUCAAAAGACACUUAAAUAUGCUGUUUUUUCUUCAACAUUAUCACCAUUAUAGAAAUGGCCAAAUAAUGUUAAGGAAGCUGACAGGAAACAGCCAAACAGUUAUGAGUUAAAUGGCAUCCAAAAACCUGAAGAUCUACAAACAAAAUGUUAUUUAAAUAAAUCAUUUAGUGAUAUUGACUCAAUUGCAGAUAUGUACAUGUUCAUAUAUUAAUCUCUGGGUUGUUUGAAAUGUGUUUUUGUUUUUUUACAUAAAAUCAAAUAAAUAUUUUUUUCUCCCAA